AUGCCGUCUAUGCAGGCUCCAGGACGCCUUUUUUGGACCCUGGAGAUUCUGGCCUGGCCGGAGUCGCCCUUGCCCGUCAGCCCUCAAGCUCCGGAUCCCAUUCCUGCGCCGUUAAGGGACCUUGCAUGGGGCCAGCUUAACUUCCUCCACACCACCGACGUCCACGGCUGGUAUUCAGGCCAUCUACAGGAGCCGUCAUUCUCUGCUGAUUGGGGUGACUAUGUCUCCUUCGCGACUCGCAUGCGUGAAAAGGCCGAAGCUGCUGGAACGGACUUGCUGGUAAUCGAUACCGGGGAUCGGGUAGAGGGAAGUGGACUCUACGACAGCUCUGAGCCUAAGGGAGUGUAUUCAUCCGAAUUCCUGAAGAAGCAGCAUAUUGAUCUGCUUUGCUCGGGGAACCAUGAGCUCUACAAGCAGAACACGUCGGAGGCUGAGCUCCGCACCACUGUACCCAACUUCAAGGGCAACUACAUUGCAUCUAAUAUCGAUAUCACCGACCCAGACUCCGGUGAGAUCGUGCCCCUUGCCCAGCGGUUCAAGAAGUUUACCACCAAGAUACAAGGAAUCAGGAUUAUGGCUUUCGGGUUCUUGUUUGACUUUACAGGCAACUACAACAAUACCGUUGUGACGCCUGUUGAAAGGGCUAUCAAGCAAGACUGGUUCCAGGAGGCAAUCAGAGAUCGAGAAGUUGAUCUUUUCCUCGUCAUUGGUCAUGUCCCGGCCAAGUCCAAAGAGUAUGCUGCUAUCUUCACGGAGAUACGAUCAGUCCAGUGGGACACGCCGAUUCAGUUCUUCGGCGGCCAUCAUCACAUUCGUGACUAUGUCAAGUAUGAUAGUAAAGCAUACAGCCUUGCCAGCGGGCGGUUUAUGGAAACUAUUGGCUUUGCAUCGUUGAGUGGACUGAAGACAGCGAACAAGCGGGUCUCUGCAGCAGAGAGUUCACCUACUUUCACUCGAAGAUAUAUUGACAACAACCUCUUCUCAUUAUACCACCACUCCGGCCUCAACGAGACAACUUUUCACACACCUGAAGGCAAGAAAGUCACGGAGGAUAUCCAGAAGGCUAGAAGCGUUCUCAAGCUCGACCAUGUCUACGGCUGCGCCCCGAAGACACUGUGGAUGUCGCGGGCUAAGUAUCCAUCCAACGACAGUGUCUAUAGCUGGCUUGAGAAGGAAGUUCUCCCUGACUCGCUUAGGCCCCAUCUUCGUGAGAACACCACUGCUCUUGCCCUCGUCAACACGGGCGGCAUCCGUUUUGACAUAUUCAAGGGUCCGUUUACUCAUGAUGGCGCGUUCAUCGUCUCGCCGUUCAUAAACGAGUUCCGCUACAUGAAGGAUGUGCCAUAUGACAAGGCCGUCAUGGUCUUAAAGGUGCUUAACAAGGCGGCCAACAUUUUGGCUCAGGGGGGAUUCAUGCCCAUGAAUUCUUCAUCUCUCAGUCCGCCGGAGCAGUGGUCUAGAGAUGAAGACUUUGUUGUCGAGACUGGGUAUGCGCAGCUAGCCCACGGAGCUGACAACGAGCAGAACCCGCUGCGGGACAGUGAUGAGCCUAGCCUGAUACCAGGAUACACUACCAAGGAUGACGGUGGGACGGAGGGAGAUGACACCGUGCAUGCCCCUGUCUCCUUCUACCGGUCUCCAAAUUGUAUCAUGUCUACAAUCACAAAUGGUGACUCCGCCACGCUGCCGGAUACGGUCGACCUGCUGUACCUCGACUUCCUUGAGCCCUGGGUGACCGUUGCUACGAAGGUCGUAGGCAUCGACUUUGAUCCUAAGAAAGAUGCAGAGGCCUUUAUGCCGGGUGUCCAGAUGAGGACCAUGCUCACCACCUGGGCAAGCCAGCACUGGAGCUGUCCUAGUGCCUAG